CUUGGGAAAACAGUAAACAGUUUCGAACAACAUGGAAUUCUAAAAAGUUGUACAACUUAUAAAUGAAAGCAAAAAUCAGAUAAUUAAACUAAGAAAAAAUACAGCCACAUGCAUCUUGCGAUUAAAUUGCUUCUCGCUGACAGGGAAGUAAAAUUGGACGCGUGGGGAUUAUUUUGGCGUUGCGGCGGCGGAGGAGGACGGCAGCGAGAGGAGUGGCAAGGCGUCCAAGAUGGCGGCGCCCUGUGGAGUGCAGCUAUUCUAAUGGGUAAACAGCAGUGAUGCCUGGCCCUGGGACCUCGCCCCAGCCAGACAGGACACUGUGAGACCCCAUCCCCACCCCCUUUCCUGUGACGACACAGGCCUUUCCUCCCACCCCUGGGAGCCAUGGCUCGGGAACAGUCCAGUAUUGGGGAACUCCUUCCUCUCCUGGAUUCCUCAGAUUUGCACCAACUGGAUGAGGUCAAGGGCUUAAUUAAUGAGCAGCUCAGCACAGAGCGUGGUUCUGCUCUACUGAACAGCCUGGUGGACUAUUACCUGGAGACCAGCUCCUCCCAGGCUCUGAGUAUCCUGUCUUCAGUGAGGGAGCCCCAUGACAAGCACCUCCUGGACAAGAUGAGCGAGUGUAUGACCAAGCAGUCCUGUCGGCUGCACACGCUCACCCUGCUGGGCCAUGUUGUCCGUAGACAGCCCCCCUGGAUCCACAAGAUCUCCAGAUUCUCCCUUCUGCCCUCGCUGCUCAAAUGCCUCAAGACAGACUCCGAUGUGGUCAUGCUCAUAACUGGAGUCCUGGUCUUGGUCACCUUGCUGCCCGUAAUACCACAGGUCAGCAAACAGCACCUUCAUGAAUUCUUCGACAUCUUUGGACGGCUGGCAGCCUGGAACCCUAAAAAUGCAGGACAUGUGCCAGAAGUGUUCCUGAUCCACCUCCAUGCCAGCGUGUAUUCUCUUUUUCACCGGCUCUAUGGCAUGUACCCAUGCAACUUUGUCUCCUACCUGCGCUCUCAUUACAGCACAAAGGAGAACAUGGACACAUUUGAGGAAGUAGUUAAGCCAAUGCUACAACAUGUUCGGAUUCACCCUGAAUUGGUGUCUGGGACCAAGGACCAUGAGUUAGACCCCACUAGAUGGAAGAGGUAUGAGAUCCAUGACAUUGUCAUUGAAUGUGCCAAAGUGUCUCUGGACCCCAAGGAGGCAUCCUGCGAGGAGGAUUACUCCACUGUGCCAGAGCAUUUUUUGUCCCAUCUGCAACUCCGCCCCCUAGAAUGCACUGCAAGCUCCUUUACUGACCUGCACAGCAGCUACGGGAGCUGCUCUUCAACCCCCUUCUUAACUCCCCGCCAACCUUUCCCGUUACCUCUAACCAGCUCGCAGCCCACCUACCGUAGCCCUCAGAGCACCCUUUGGCAGACUCGGAAUCAGAAUGGUGAAGUGGGCUCUUCCUGUGUAGUGAAGGACAUCAUCUGGAGCCCCUCCUCUGUCUGCAGCAUGACCACACCCCCUUCCUCACGCGGCAUAUCCCCUGUCUCUGAGCUUUCUCAUAGUGCCCCUCACUUUCUGAGUCGUGUCCACACUUCGUUGGCAGGUGGGAAACGCACCCCAUCCUCCAGCACCCCUGGUACAUCUUCCUCCACUCCAACUUUUUCUGAAGAUUAUGUACACAUUUCUCUGCCCACCAGCACAUCAACCCCUCCGUGCAAGGAUACCCGGCCCACAGAACAUGUCAAGCCCAGCAUGGUACGACAGGAGCCAGUCAGUGAGCUGGAAAGGAACAAAGCUGAGCUGUCCCAUGCUGGAGAUAGUGAGAGUUCAAAGGCUAUGACCCUGCCAGAGUUGUCCAUUUUCAUCAGGAAACAGGAACUGGAGCAGCAUGAGCACACAGAGAAGGAACAGGAAGAGGAUGCCAUCAGGGAGGAGUUGCGAAAGAUAGCAGAGGAGCAGCAGGAUCUCUCAGCUCUCUGUGGGUUUCACUCUCCAUUUUGCCAUGCCACUGAGACACUGACCGAGAAGCAGGAAAAGGUGCUCGUUGGCUCAACUCCAAACCUCCACAGUGAGCCAUAUCAGGCUGUGUCUACGCCAGACCAGACUGCCAGGCCAGUUCUGGGCACUAGUGCAAGGACCCUGGAGCAGCAGAUGUUCACCCCCAUUGACCACACCCCCUCAAGACAUAUCCGUCUCAGCCCGUUAGUCCCAGAUGAAGAGAUUUCUGGCCUGGCCAAGCAUGGUUUUUGCCCCCUCAGCACCUGCAGGGAGGCAGCCCCAGCCUAUGAGGAUCUCUUUGGCCCGGCACUUCCGAGGGCAGCAUCUCUGUUUGUGGCAAAGAAGACUUCUGAAGCAAGGUGGGCAGCUUCUACAGAGAUGGAAGAGAAGGAGAGUGAAGGUGUGGCUGCUGCAUCCCCACUAGAGGUGCUUGAUCGCCUUAUUCAGCAGGGCAGUGAUGCUCACGACAAGGUGCUGAGGAGAUUACCUUUGCCUAGCAAGUCAGCUGACUGGACGCACUUUGGAGGUAAACAACAGAAUAUUAAAACAAAAGCAGGCUCCACUCCUCCUGAUGAGCUGCACACCCUGCGUAGUCAGCUACUCCUGCUGCACAACCAGGUGCUAUAUGAGCGCUACAAGAGAGAGCAGCAUGCCAUCCGCAACCGUAGGCUGCUGAGGCGGAUCAUCAAUGCCACAGCACUGGAGGAGCAGAAUAACGCAAUGAAGGACCAACUGAAGCUGCAGGAUAUUGAAAUCCAGUCCCUUCAAGUGAGCUUGCAGGAGGAGCAGCAGUGCUACAGGCAGCUGUGGGAAGACAGGGAGUCUGCAGUGAUGCAACUGCGCAGCCAGAUCCUCCAGCUGCAGCAGGGCCGUGAUGAGUACUAUACCAAGUAUCAAGAGCUGCAGAGCAAACUGCUGGAGUCUCAGAAGAGGAUGGGUGAGUUGGAGGCCAAGCUCCAGAAGGCCAAUAACAAGAUUUGCAACACAGGGCACCAGCUGAGCCAGUUGUCCAUCAAGCUGACCAACAGCGAGACCCUCCAGCAGCAGAUGGGCUUCCUGAACAAACAGCUGGUGCUGCUGAGUGAAGUCAACAAGUUAUGUGUGGAAGAGCUGCAACACGUGGACCCUGUAAGCAGCAAGGAGGUGGACAUGCUCCAGGUGUCUGCAGAAAAGGAACUGGAGAAGUUGCGGCAGAGCCUGACACAGCAGAGCCAGAGGUUGGAUGCAGCACAUCAGCGCAUUGGGGAGCUAGAGGCACAGCUUAUCAAGAAGGAGCACCUAAUUGCAGAACAGAAGCUGUUCCUUGAAGACGUCAAGAGUCAGGCCAAGGAGCAGCUGCAAGCCUCAGAGAGUAGGUACCAGGCCCAAAAGCAAGUCUCCCAGAUGCUACAGGCAGAGCUACUCCAGCUCUACAGCAAGCUGGAGCUUGAAAAUCCUGUUGGUGGAAGUUUACCAACAGGUGGCACUCCUGAGUCAUGCAAGCUCACUGACUCUAGGCCAGACAGUGACUGCAGUCUAUUGCAAAGAGGACAAGUGAUAGAAGGCACCCAAGGUACAACAGGUGCUUCAUCUGUGCCUCCAACAGACACUGGUUGCACUUUACCCACUGGGAGACUCCAGACCAGAACAGCAGCAAACAUCAGUGAUUGCCCACAGUCACCUGCAGCCCCACUGGAGUCAUCCCCAUCCCACCUGCCAUUUCUCAUGUCACGGCCCUCUGGCACCCCUCUGGCUGUGGGCUCUUACCCCAGUGCCAAAAGCUUCCUGGGAUUGCACUCCAGGGAGCUGUUUCGCAACAAGAGCGAGAGUCAUUGCGAAGAGGGAUUUCAACCCUUGGCGGGGCUUUCCCAAGGCCUGAAGACUAAGUGUGUGGAACCCACAGAGGACAUCCCCAUGACUUGUUCCCUUCCAGGUAUCAUCCCUGCACAGGCCACAGUGGCCAACCAGAUCCAGCCGGAUGCAGAGCAAAGUGCCAUAAGCGAGUGGGAUUCAGGGUCCGAGCCUGGCAGUGCCAGGCAGAGACAGGAACGGCUGAAAAUCAUGGACUACAAUGAUCUCCAUUAGUAUGGAGAUGCAGGUAGUGAAGAGGGCUGCAAGCCAAGAAGGAAGUAGUGAACUCAUUUUCUCAUUCCGUGAGUGGGCAGCAGGACUUCAGUUGAGUGUGUGCGCGUGCGCGCUCUAGGAAAGCAAAACAAAACGGUUUCUCAGAAAAACUGAAACAUGCAGAGCAGAUGUCCCCUACAUGUUCUGUUUAGGUAUUUAAAGAUGUCUCAUACAAUGGUUCACUGUGUUGCAAAAGGGCUGCAGUCAUAAGGCAGACACAAAAGGUUGAACUCUUCGCACUGCGUGAUAGGCAUAUGAUAUCUCGCACUAAGUUUCAUCUACAAGUUCAUUUUUCUUUUGUCUUCCCUUCCCCCACUGGUGGAAAUUCUCAACUGGGACACCUAAAGGUGAAAAAUGUGUUGAUCUGAAUUUAAUAUAAUGUAACAAAUAUAUUUAAGCCCCAACGUAGUUUUAAGAUGUGAGUAAUGCAUCUGGUUGUAUGGUCUGUUCAAGUUCUAAUAAAUCCAAGCUCCAGACUGAGGUGCUCAUCACAUAUAUUUUAAACCUUUUUUUGCACCCUCAACUUUUUUUAGGAUCCUUUUUUUUUCUCCUUCCUGGUGCUUAAUACAAUCUUUCUGCAGGGAUUCAAAGAAUAAGCCACAAGUGCAAUGUAUUUCACAUGAGUUUUGUAAGAUGAAAAUGGUCACAGAUUGGAUAUGGGUGAUUUUUAAAAAUUAAAUGACUGAAGGAUAAAGAUUUAGCUUUCCUUUUGCUGCAUGUUGAAGAACCCAUUGCGGUGUUUAACAAAAUUUUUGAACCAUUUGAUUCAGUUGGUCAUUCCGCCCCCAAAAGCUUAACAGUGCCUCAUAUUUUAACAUUGCAUAUCUGAAGGCCUGAUGAAGUUCUUCCGCUUUGGUCUUAAAUUUGACAGUGUGUGGUCAUGAUAUGCUAAGAAAUGUGUGAAGAAUAGAGUAGCAUGUGUUGGCCUGGGAUAAUUUCUUAUGGGCAAACCACAAAAGUGAAAAUUAAGACUACAUAUUUUGAAACUUAGUGUAACGGUCUCUUUUUACCAAAAUCUUAUUUCAGUAUAGGGCAUGCUAUAAGAUUUCUUAGAAGCAAUGUCUGAAUUGUUUACACAGUGGUCUGAAAGUAUUUGAAAUGAUCAAUAAUGAAUGCACUACACUGUGGAAGUACGUAUUCCUAGUAGCUAGGUUAAAUUAAGAUUUCUACAGCCUAUAAUUAGUCUGUUUUGAUGCAGUGAGAAUGACUAAGUGCCAUGAGUCUCAACGUGUGGUACUUGACUGCUUGUUUGGCCACAUGCUACCUUUUCUGUAUCUCUACACAGUGAUCUCACAGUAAAUUGCCCAGUCCUGUAUUUUGACAAUUAAGGAUUUUUUUGGGGAGAAAUUCCAGAUAAUUUAAAGAGCUAUUAAGGAAAUAUCAUACUCAUGACACCCACAGCCUUUUUUUUUUUUUUUUGUAUAAAACAUCCCUUUUUCAUGCAGUAGCCCAGAGAAACUUGUAUUGACUUUUUUUUUUCCCCAUCCCUCCCCCCCCCUUCCUCUCUAGACAUCAAUGAAGCAUCCAAACUUUAAAUAGUCCUGAUUUAAAAAUUUGCCUAUUUUAUGCUGUCUUUACAAAAGGGAUGUUGCCUGGUAUGGAGCUGUUUUAUAAUGAGAACUUUAAAUGGAGUGAACCCCUCAUUCUAGCUACUGAACCCUUUGUAAUUCUAGUUUUUCUGUUCACUUUUCCCCUGCUCACACCUGUGUCUUUGUUAUGAAGUGAACUAUGAAAGUACAGAUGUCCCUUUAAGAACUAAAAUAAAGCUGUGUCAGAUAUCAUUCAGCCCUUAAUCUUUUUCUGAAAUAGACCCAACAAUUCUUAAGUGUCAAAGUUCAUAAUUAAACUUCCUUGUCACUCCCCCCCUCACCCCCCGAAGAGUAUUUAUUAAUUCAGCUUGACAAACCUGUA